AUGGCAAAGGCACCUCGCCCGUCUCCGUUCUCUGUGGUGGUCGAGCUGGAGAGCCUGGACACGUUGUAUGCCAGUCCGCAAGCCGGAGCGGCUGCCGAAACGGGUGGCCCGGGCGCAUCAUCAUCACCAUCGCCAGGCUGCGCAUCAUCAGCCGGCUUCCGGCAUGCGGCGUAUGCAAGCCGAAGCCCACCGCCGCUGCUCGACGCCAACGAGCCGCCGGCCAUGGCCCGUAUGCCCGCGCCACCAGCUGGCCCAUCGGCUGUCGGAGAAGGCGCUGCAACAAGGUCUCUCGAGUCUUCAGUACAGGGAAAAGCCGCUGUUCUGAGCGAUGUCGACGUCAUCGGAGCCCCGCCGCCGCUGCCACCGCCUCCGCCAACCAUGGUGCAAAAGCUGCAGGAGAUGGUCACGCUGUUCUCCUGGAGCCCCGGCGGCGAGGUCAAGGCCAACAUCACGCUCCAGAUGACCGUUCUCUACGUUCUCUUUGUGGCCAUCCUGCUCUCAGCCGAGAUCUUUGGCUGGGCGCCACACAUCCGGUUCUUUAACCUCGUCCCGCUCGCCUUUGUCUCGCUCGUUGUCCUCGAGCUCAGCAAUGUUAUCGCCACCCUCUUCCCCGAUAACUCGUACCAUCAGUACCUGCACUUGCUGCCGCUGGGCAUCAUUGUCGUUAUCUUCCGCGAGGCGCACAUGGUUUGCGCUGUCAUCUUCUUUUCAGCCUCGUCGAUCAUCUUUAUGCAGGUCGGCGACGAGCGGUCGUCGGGCGUUGGGCGGGUCGGCGGCUACACUCUGUGCUGCCUCAUUGUCUACCUCUCGGCUGUCCUCUUCUCGUCGCAGUUCUAUACCGACGUCCACGGCACGUCUUUUACCACUGGCCGCGUCCUCUCGCCGCCCAUCCAUUGGGGUGAAGAGUUUACCUUUUGCGUCUGCGUGGCGCUCCUCGGCUUGGCUCUCCUCGCCACAACCCGCUUUGUCCACCUCUUUGCGCGAUCGGUCGCCUCGCACCAAGAAGAGGUCUCCAUGCUCCGUGCUGAGCUUGACUCGUUCACUUCACACGCCGUCCAAGUCGACACCCCUAUCUCGCGCGUCCUUGCUCUCCUCACCAAGGUUCGCGACGAGGCCCGGCCGAUCGGAGCCGACCACCUCCGGGCUUCGCGGGCUGAGCUUGCCCACCGCCUUGCCAUUGUUCGCCAGGUCAACGAAGCGCUCGCUAUUCUCUCUGCCGGUGCACUGUACCAGCCCGAGAUCCGUGGCGGUGCGGACACCGCUGUCUCGUCGUGGGUCAUGGAGACGACCGAGAUGACCGGCCACGCCGCCAAUGGCUACUCGACCGACGGCUCCGAGACGCCGUCAAACGCCACCGAGUCGGGCCUCCCGCUCACCGCGCCCGAGCUGUGGCAAGUUCUUGUGUCGUUUGCCGACGACCUCGAUCCGGUCGCCGCCUCCAUGCCUAAGCUCAUGGACAUGCUCGACUCGUGGACCAUGGACAUCUUUGAGUUUACCGAGCUCGCCUCGGGUCAUCCGGUGGUCUUUAUGGGCAUGCUUCUCCUUCACAAGAACGAUGCGUUUGCCAACUUUCGCAUCGACGAGCGCAAGGCGCUCCGCUUCCUCUCCACCAUCGAGUCCGGCUACGUCGCCAGCAAUCCCUACCACAACGCCAUCCACGCUGCCGACGUCGCGCACGCCUUUCACGUGUGGACCACCCUCGGCGGUGUCGGCUACUUCCUCUCCUCGCUGGAGAUCUUUGCUGGCAUCAUUGCCUGCCUUGUACACGACUUUGGCCACCCGGGCGUCAACAACAACUUCCUCAUUGCUGUCUCCUCACCACUGGCCAUCCGCUACAAUGACUCUUCGGUUCUCGAGUCGCACCACUGCGCCGCGGCAUACACAUUGCUCCAGGAUCCGGCACUCAACAUCCUCUCAAACCUUACGUCCAAGCAACGAACCUCGGUCCGUUCGGUCGUCACCACCAUGAUCCUCGCCACCGACAUGGCGAAGCACUUUGAGCUCCUCUCCAAGUUCAACGCCCAGCUCACCGGACUCAAGGCCGAGGCCGCCGCGGGUUCGUUCGACUCGAACGACUCCAAAGCUCUUGUUCUCCGCCUCGUCGUCAAGUGCUGCGACAUCUCCAAUCCAGCCAAGCCUUGGCACAUCGCCUCCAACUGGUCCGGCCGCGUCAUGGAAGAGUCGUUCCGCCAGGGCGAUCGCGAGCGCGCUGCAGGCAUGCGCGUCUCCACCUUUAUGGAUCGGUCUGCUCCGGUCCUCGAGGUCUACAAGGCCCAGGUCGGGUUUAUCGAGAUCUUUGUCCGCCCGCUGUACGAGGCCGUCACUGCCCUCUUCCCCGACAUGGCCUCGGCCUGCUCGCACAUCGAUGCCAACCACGCCAUGUGGGAGGCCAAGAAGAACACUGCUGCCACAGAAGCUGCCCUCGCCGCCAGCCAGACAUAA